AUGAGGGAGUUUGACGCUCUCGUCUCCGAGUACCAACAUGACAAGCGCAAGCCCAAGGAAGCGGAAGCCUUGACAACUCUGCGCAAAGUUGCUUCUUUAGUCAAACCGAUUAUGCGUCAGAGAUCUUGGAGAGUCGGGACACUUUGCGAAUUCUACCCUGCACAGGCCAACUUAUUAGGCCUAAAUAUCAACCAUGGCGAGAAGAUAUGUCUUCGGUUGAGAAGUCCGCAUGACGAGAAGCAGUUCAUCCCUCUCGAGCAAAUAGUCGAUACCAUGCUUCAUGAGUUAUGCCAUAUUGUUCAUGGACCUCAUAACCAAGAGUUCCACGCGCUCUGGAACCAGCUCCGUGAUGAACACGAACAGCUUGUCCGGAAAGGAUAUACUGGUGAAGGCUUUCUCUCGGCGGGACACCGGCUUGGUGGUAAAAGAGUUCCACCGGACGAAUUGCGGAGACAGGCUCGUGCGGCUGCUGAAAAACGCCGGGUUCUCACGGCAGGAUCUGGCCAAAGGCUCGGAGGCAUGCCCCCUUCUCGAGGUGCGGAUAUGAGGAAGGUUAUUGCGGAUGCUGCAGAGAGACGGAAAAAGGUAACUGAAGGUUGCGCCAGUGGUACAAAGGAGGGCCAAAAACUCGCGGACGAGGUUUCGCAUAACGGAUUCAGGACAAAGGCAGAAGAAGAUGAUGCCAAUGAACGUGCGAUUAUGGAGGCGUAUAUUGAGCUAAUCCAACAAGAAGAGAGGGAACAGUAUGGCAGCUUAUACGUGCCCCCGAGUGCCGCCAAUCCAGCAGGACCACGAGCUCUUGCACCACCCCCUGUCCCUGAGAGUACAAAACCAAGGCUUACGACUACAUCGGAACAAACGACAGAAGGGGAUAUAGACAUUUGGCCAUGUCCAGUAUGUACUCUCGUAAAUCCAUCGAUGUUCCUGUGUUGUGAUGCAUGCGGGUCAGAACGUCCCCAAGUCGUGAAUCCUUCUCCGCCUCAAAAACCACCAAGGCCUUCCCAGAAACAUUCGUUUCCCGAAGAAAGGCAGUCGGCCGGUAGCAAUUCUUCGACGAAACCUCGCAGAUCUGCGGUCGAUUCGCUGAGAGAGAUCGACGACCGAAUGGCGAAAAAGCCCCUUGGGUGGGUUUGUCAUAUGUGUGGAACAUUUAUGGAAUCGGAAUGGUGGACUUGCGCGUGCUGCGGAACAAUGAAACAAUCGUCAUGA